AUUUCUCUUUAAUCGCACCGUGGAGCUGUGUUUGGAAGUGACAGUAUAGGUUAUAAAUAUGUUUUGAUCAAGAUCAGUAUAUUAAAGCACACAUAUUUAUUUUCGUAAGGUAAAAGUCCUGCGAUUGAAUUUCCUAUAUUUCUGCAAGAAGCUAAAGACUACUUAAAUUUGGAUAGAUCAAGCUUUCCCAUUUAUUAUGAGUUUGAAGUUGUAACAUGAUUGCACGGCAUUGAAGUUUCUUCAAACACAUUGGGCUAUUUAAAUGUACACUCAGUUUUGACAUACAUUGAAAAGUUUUAAAUAUCCAUGUGUGGUGUGUCAUGCUCGUCAGUGAUCAAUCUUCGGAGGUCCUUCUGUUUGUCUGCUACGUUUAGGAGGUCCUUCUGUUUGUCUGCUACGUUUAGGAGGUCCUUCCGUUUGUCUACUACGUUUAGCAUGGUACCACCAUCAAUGGUUGACAGAUACAUUUUAUUCUUGAUCAGCCUUACUCUCACCGUAGAAGUCGUUUGGUGUGGAUAUGCUUUGACAUGGGACCAUUGUCACUGCAGAUGGGCCGAUUGGAUGGCGUGGUCGGAUUGUUCUAGGACCUGUGGUGGAGGUGAAAGGUACCGGACCAGAGAGGUGUGGAUGCGGACUGAUAUAUGUACUCUUGACUUUAACAACUGUGCCACGGAUGAUAUGGGAUACGAAUACGAAAAAUGUAACACCAUCUGUUAUAAUGGAGGAACGUACACAACUUCCGGGUACUGCUCGUGUGUGACAGGGUGGUACGGAAGCUGUUGUUCGAAUGAAAUAACUUGUGGGAAUCCAGGCUCUGUUUUAUCUAAUGGAAUUGUAACAGGAUCCGAGUACACGUACGGUAAAACCGUGACGUAUUCCUGUAACGCCCACUACAAUUUGACUGGUGGAUCGGUCUCUAGAACCUGCCAAUCAAACCAGGUGUGGUCUGGAACGCAACCAAGAUGUGCAUUUGUGAAUUCUUGCGCUAGUAAUCCCUGUUUAAAUGGUGGAACGUGCGUGAAUGGGUUAGAUAGGUACGACUGCCUGUGUACAUCAAGUUUUAAUGGCGUCAACUGUGAAAAUGAUAUUCAGCCUCCUGUAAUGACGAACUGCCCGAGCGAUAUGUCUAUAUUCUCAAACGAACCGACAAUUUUUGUUAACUGGACGGCGCCAUCUUUUUAUGAUCCUGUUGGUAAAAGCAUCGAAGUAUCUAUGAAUUAUCCGGACGAUAGUUGGACAUUUCCAUGGGGAGACUAUGUAGCCCAGUACGUGGCAUUAAAACCCUCCAAUGGCCUUCGAACAGAGUGCACUUUCAAUAUCACAAUAAGACCACAUCAGUGCCCAGAAUUGAACGUACCAGUAAAUGGUGCCCGAGUUUGUAAUGGAUGGAAAACCGACUUCGGCCAGUUUUGUCUAGUAUAUUGUGGCGGGAACUACAGCCUCGCUUUGCAGUAUGAUCACAGUCAGUGGUAUGUUUGUGGAUCCAGCGGGAAUUGGAUUGCUAGUGGACCGUUACCAAAUUGUACAGAUCUGAUAUUGACGAAUGGCGUACUCAAUUCCUUCAGUACAUACAGAUUUAGUGAUUGUUCGGACUCGGACGAGACGGAUAGAAUACAAAGGUCAUAUGUGGAGAAAUUGAAGACGUCUAAUUACAAUUAUUUCUGUGAUAAAUAUAGCAGUUUGUGUUCCGAGGCAAAUGUAGACGUGGCAUGCUGAUAAAUUGUACGAUGUGCAGUAAAUUAACAUAUUUAAUUAACUCCCUUGCUUUAUUCAUGUGUGUACCUUUGACUAAUCGCAUACUUUAUAAAGUUUAAUGAAUGUUCCAUCUUAUAUAAAGUCAUAAAAGAAA